AUGAGCGCGGCUCAGCCGAACGAAGCGGAGAAGAACAUCGAGAUAUGGAAGGUGAAGAAACUCAUCAAGCGGCUUGAGGCCGCUAGAGGAAACGGAACCUCCAUGAUCUCUCUUAUCAUUCCCCCCAAGGACCAGAUUUCUAGAGCAGCAAAGAUGUUGGCGGAAGAGUUUGGCACUGCGUCUAAUAUCAAGUCUCGUGUCAACCGUCUUUCCGUCCUUUCCGCUAUCACUUCGACACAGCAACGUCUCAAGCUCUACAAUAAGGUGCCUCCGAACGGUCUAGUGGUUUACUGCGGUGAAAUUAUCACCUCUGAAGGAAAGGAGCGCAAGAUCAACAUCGAUUUCGAGCCUUUCAAGCCAAUCAACACCUCGUUGUAUCUCUGUGACAACAAGUUCCACACUGAGGCUCUCAGUGAACUUCUUGAAUCUGAUCAGAAGUUUGGUUUCAUCGUCAUGGAUGGAAACGGUGCUCUGUUCGGUACCCUGAGCGGCAACACCAGAGAAAUUCUGCAGAAGUUGAGCGUUGAUCUGCCCAAAAAGCACGGCCGUGGUGGUCAAUCAGCGUUGCGUUUCGCUCGUCUUCGUGAGGAGAAGCGCCACAACUACGUACGCAAGAUUGCUGAGUUGGCUGUUCAGAACUACAUCACCAACGACAAGGUCAAUGUUGCAGGAUUGAUCUUGGCCGGUUCUGCCGAUUUCAAGAACGACCUGAACCAGUCCGAUAUGUUCGACCAGAGAUUGCAGGCUAAGGUUAUCAAGGUUGUUGACGUGUCUUAUGGUGGCGAGAAUGGUUUUAACCAGGCUAUCGAACUGGCAUCUGAGACCUUGAGCAACGUCAAAUUCGUUCAGGAGAAGAAGCUUAUCGGAAAGUACUUCGAAGAAAUCAGUCAGGAUACUGGAAAGGUCUGUUAUGGCAUUGACGAUACAUUGAAGGCUUUGGAGCUUGGUGCGGCCGAGACACUGAUCGUCUAUGAGAACCUUGAUGUCACUCGCUACGUUCUCAAGAGCUCCAGCGGUUCGGACGUCGUCAUCCACACUACCAAGUCACAGGAAGAGAAUCGGGAACUCUUCAUGGACAAGGAGACAGGCGCUGAGAUGGAAGUUAACGAGCAGCAGUCGUUCCUUGAGUGGCUUGCUGAAAGCUACAAGGACUUUGGAGCAACCCUGGAGUUCGUUUCCGACAAGUCCAGUGAAGGAAACCAGUUUGUCAAGGGUUUCGGUGGUAUCGGAGCCAUCCUUCGGUACAAGGUCAACUUCGAACAGCUUGCUGACUACGAUGACGAGGAUGAAUUCUACGACGAGAGCGAGGAUGAACGGCCAGAAGUUUCCGGUUCGGACCUUCUGACGGCUCGCCCCGUGAUUCGUGAUGGCGGCUCUCCCGGCAACAUGGCCGCAAUGGUACACACCGUGCCGUUGCCCAGUCAAUAUCCUAUGAAGCUGCCUAGAAGGCCAUCCAAGCUCCGUAACAUGUUCACUGAGGUUAUGUAGACAGUCUAGGGUGGCACUAGGUUUUAUACUUCAGUUCGAAAAGAUGAUAGAUCUGUUAUGUCGAACCUAUAACUCACCAAGGGCUGUCGAUCGUAUAACACUUGGGCUAGCGCGUUUAGACUGUUUGUUCCAGUGCCUGUCAGCACUGGAUCUCUUCGUUGUGUUUUUCUUUUGUUGCUUCUGAGUGCGCUUCUUAUAAGGGAAGCAAGCCAACACUGGCUUCCUCUUCAUGUUAUCUACAGGUCCUGUAGAUGCCUGUAAAUCUGGUAGCGCAUGACACACGAGGCCUACACGGCAAUUGAAUUGCUUCAUAGAACCUAUUUCCUUAUUUUCCUUAUUUGGGUAUCGAUUUGAUCUGUCUAUAUGAAAUUUGCAGGCUACAAGCACUUGUGAUGAACCUCUUGCACUUCCUCAUCAGUACCGACACUUAGACAUAUACGAGCUGAUCCGCCCAUGU